AUGACUCGUCAAACUCGUUUAAGUGAUCUGAUGAGUUCACCAUGUCACAUGCUAAAACCAUCAUCAUCAUCUAAUUUUAACACAUUUUGUCAAUUCGAUUAUCAUGAAAAACCUUAUGUGUGUGAUCCGUCAGGAUCGUUAUCACGAACGGAAAUUGAAAUGUUGGAUGCCGUAAUUAGUCCACUAAACAUAUCCAGCUGCUUCUGCCAGUAUUCAAGAAGCUGUCAUACAGUCCGAUUUCGAAUGUCUAUUGUUAUUGUGCCUUACACCAGUGCAGAAAGGUUAAAACGCUGUGGUUAUAUAUCAGCUUACAACACUCCCUACACCUGGUCUCAGUUAGCUUUAACAUAUGCUGAAGAACUGUCUCAACACUGGAUGAAUGACUGUAAAGCUGACGUUCUUUUGGUUUAUAUAACAGCAUUUGGUCCUGAACGAAUAAAAAAAUCUCAUAUUGUACCUAUUUUUGGACAUGAACUAAGGUAUUUGUCGAAGUACUCUCAACCAAUUGCAGUUGCAUCACGUUAUAGUAUAUAUGAGGCAAUUGACAACUAUUUGGUAACACUUAAGAAACUGAUUUCUUCAGAACCACAUAAACUUCAUCCAUCAAUCCCACCAUGGGCUAUUUUUGUGUCAGUUGGUUUUAUUUCAUUAGCCGUUUGUUCGAUUUAUGUAGCUAACUGUUUGACCAGUCGUACAAAAGGACCGUAUUGGCAGUCUCGUUAUCCAAAUGGAACAAAAAUGAGGUUGGCAAACGAAAGGUGGCGAGCUGGUUUUGGUGGUGGUUUAAUGAUGCAGAACAACGCCAAUACCAAAAGUGCUAUGAUGUUCAAACAGUUCAGUGGCCGAAGAACCAAACCGUCUGAGACAACACGAAAAAUAUAA